AUGCUCGGAAAAGCUUCGGACAUUCACCGGAAAAUUUGCUGUAUUUCAAAGCAGAAAAAUAUCUGUUCUGCAUACCCUCAGUCUGCUCGGAAAAGCAGUGGCAGCGUAAAGACCUCCACCUGGGCUGGAGAAAAUGUUGCUGAACUUACCAGAUCUCGAGUAUUGGAACUUGACCUCCACGAGCAAUUCUACGGUACCGCCAACAUCGACAAUUUCCUCACCUCUGCAAAUUUGCCCAAACUGCGCAUCCUUCGCUUCCGCGGGGUGAAUUGCCAUGAUGCCAGGUCGUGCCUGGACGCAGAUGGAGCGCCAGUUUCCUGUCGACGCUCUGCCCAACCUGCGGCUGAGAUAUUGAAAGCCCCUCGUCCGACCCUUGAGACGUUGCUUGGUGUCGAGGUGCACGAUACAAUUGUGGACUCCAACUACUUUACCUGGGAUGACGACUGGGAGGAAGAGGAUCAUGAUGACUACGACGAGGACAAAGAAAGGGCCUCGCCGUGGAAGGCGAUUUUUUUGGAAAACCUCAUGACGCAGCGUCCCGUUAGGCGUUUUCGGGUCCCCUCUGUCAAUUCUGCGCAGGAGAUAGAGCAUCUUUCUGUUGUUGCUCCUCAAAUCACGGAACUCAGGGACAUUGUAACCACUGGACAAAAUCCUGAAAUUCCCGUUAAAGAGUAA